CGGGUUGAAAUUCAUUUCCGCUUGUUUCUCCACCUCACCACCCUGUAUCAACGCCCAAAUCGAAGAAUCUAUUAUUCAAAAACCCUAAUCGAUCACUGUAACCGUUGAGCUUAUCAAAAUCGCCUCCACUACGACAUGCAAUAUCACCACAACACCAUUUUCAUCCAUCUGUAUUCUUCAAUCUGAGUCCAUCUUAUGAUUUUUGGAACUGUUGGUUGAAUUAGGUUUUUAUUAAUCACAAUCAAUCAACGAUGCCAGAAGACUUUCUUCAGCACUUCACGUCAAACUCUUCUAACCAGUCUGAUCAGUCUCUGCCAUCGAAAAUCGCGAAACUCGAAGCUCGAAUGGUAGGUAAAACCUCUACUACACUUCAGAUUUCUGCUGCUGAUGUUUCUUCAAAGUUUGGAGCGAACGUUGCUGGUGGAAUUUGUGCUGAAUCGUUAGAAUCUAGCGAUUCCGAAGAGGAUGAUAUUAAUGGGAGAGAGUUUCUCAUACAGCCUAACUUUCAGAAGCGUAGAAAACUCGCGGAUGAUGCUGAUUCAACUGCAGCCAACCAAGUUGAGGUUAUGUCGGAUGCGAGACAAAAUGUUGUGGAACCUGUGGAGGUUAAGAGUGGUUCAGAUGUAAACAGGAGAAGACAAACCCGUGGUAAGGGUAAUUCUACUCCAGCCAGAGGACGUGGGCCCCUAGUUAAUAAUCAGACAAGAAUACAAAAUUCUACCUCAAAUGGUUUUCCUGAGAACUCAAAUCCGAAGGAGAGUAGCAGGCCAAACGAACAAUUCGGACAAAAUGAGCUUGCUUCAUUAGAGGAGGAAAUCACAUCUUUGCGUGUCAAAAUAACAACACUAGAGGAGGACUUAAGGAAAGCACGCCAAGAGGCUUCAGAAUACCAACAUCUAUCCCAACAGUUGGAAAAGGAACUUAAGGAACUUAAAAAUAAUGAACAACAAGUGAAACCUAAAAGAAUGAAAGUCAUAUCUGAUCUGUUGAUAUCUGUGUCUAAAGCUGAGAGACAAGAAGCAAGAAUGAAAGUUAGACACGAUUCUUUGAGACUUGGAAAUGUGGGUGUUAUUAGAGCUGGAACAGUCAUAUCUGAGACCUGGGAAGACGGGCAAGCAAUUAAGGAUCUUAACGCUCACCUGAGACGUUUAUUAGAAUUAAGGGAGGUUAUCGAGAGGCAGAGGAAGUCACUAAAGAAAAAGCAGCCUGAUAAGAGCGACGGAAGUGAAGGAGAAUCAGGGGGUCCAGAAGAAGAUGUCAUCAUCCAGGAUGAGAUUUACAAAUCCCGUCUAGCCAGCAUUAAACGUGAAGAAGAAACCUAUGUGCGUGAACGAGAACGCUAUGAACUAGAGAAGGGACGGCUUAUACGCGAAAUGAAGCGUAUUAGGGAUGAAGACGGUUCUCGUUUCAAUAAUUAUCAGAUUCUAAAUCAUCGAUAUGCCCUCUUAAAUCUUCUUGGAAAAGGAGGAUUCAGUGAGGUUUACAAGGCAUUUGAUUUGGUGGAAUAUAGAUACGUUGCAUGCAAGCUUCAUGGUUUAAACGCCAACUGGAGUGAAGAUAAAAAGCAAAGUUACAUACGUCAUGCUAUACGGGAAUACAAUAUUCAUAAAACCUUAAUACACCAUAACAUUGUUCGGCUAUGGGACAUCUUUGAGAUAGAUCAAAAUACCUUUUCCACAAUUUUGGAGUAUUGCAGCGGUAAAGAUCUUGAUGCUGUUCUUAAAGCAACACCCAUACUACCAGAAAAAGAAGCUAGGAUAAUUAUUUUUCAGAUAUUUCAAGGACUUGUUUACUUAAACAAAAGAAACCAGAGGAUCAUUCAUUAUGAUUUGAAGCCCGGGAAUGUUCUUUUUGAUGAAUUUGGUGUUGCAAAAGUAACUGAUUUUGGUCUUAGCAAGAUUGUGGAAGAUGACGUUGGAUCCCAAGGCAUGGAACUUACAUCUCAGGGAGCCGGAACAUAUUGGUACCUCCCACCAGAAUGCUUUGAGCUAAGUAAGAUCCCUCUCAUUUCAUCAAAGGUUGACGUAUGGUCAGCUGGUAUUCUAUUGUAUCAAAUGCUUUUUGGAAGACGCCCUUUCGGGCAUGAUCAAACACAAGAACGAAUAUUACGUGAAGACACCAUAAUCAAAGCCCGAAAAGUUGAAUUUCCUUCUAGACCUUCAGUGUCAAACGAAGCGAAGGACUUUAUCCGGCGAUGCUUAACGUAUAACCAGGAAGACCGGCCCGAUGUGUUAACUAUCGCUCAAGAUCCCUACCUCAUAUAUUCCAAGAAAUAACCCCAAGUUAUUUUAGCGGUCAUAGCUCGGUUAGCAUUUGCCAAAAGGUGUGGUACUGGUACCUUGAUCUAUUGGGCUGAAAAAAGUAUAGCAGUCCAACAAGACUGUGUGGCCCAGGCCCAAUGAAAAGCAAUUUUGGGAAAUUUUUCCAUAUUAAUUGUGAAGUGUUCAGUUUCUAAUUUUUCACCCAGAAAAUGAGUUCCUUUUUUUGGUUCAUCAAAGGAGUUGUAUUCUUUGUUGUAUGCACUUUUUGCAUGUAAAUAUGAGAAUGUGGGAAGUUGUUUCUGCAAAGGCAUGCUUAGUUAAGACUGA